GAAGGAAAGGAGAAUAGGCUUAGGGAACUAUAGGCAUUUUACUCAGUUGUCGGACUGCUCUCUGAAGAUAGGACGCGAAAAUGCGGCUCAUAUUCCCGCUCGUCCUAUCGCUCUCGCUCAUGGUCUGCACCGUGAAAGGACAGGAACCCAACGGACAAGUUUAUGGUUUUGUCAGUUUCUCCACGGAUCGCGUGGAGGUGCACGAAGACUCUGGGAACGCGGUGACCACCGUCCAGCUACCGCUCAUCAGAGAGGUCGGCACGACAGGAAUCAUACUUGCAACUGUGGAGGUUACCAAUACCUCAGUUGAGAGUGAUUUCUUUAGUUCAAGUGCUGUGGUCAGCUUUACUUCGGGCGCAACUACUGCCAGUGCCAUUCUGCUGCUUCAGAAUGACGACAUACCAGAGGGAAAUGAAACAUUUAUCGUAAACAUUACUGGUACAAGGUUUGGAGCUGAAGUAGGCUCUGUCAAUAGUCUUGUGCUCUUUGUGAGAGGCAAUGACGAACCUUAUGGUGACUUUCAGUUUAGCAUGGGUUCUCGAUCUGUAAAUGUGUCGGAGUCUACUAGUGGCCGUUCAUUUGAACUGACUGUUGAGCGGAGUCCGGGAAGAUUUGGAAGAGUCACAGUCGACUACCAGGUAACUGCUGGUCCCAACAACGGUAUAGAUGAUCUCUCUCCCACUGGAGGACAACUAGUUUUCAACGAUGGAAUAGCGAGUGCAACACUGACCAUCUCAGUGACUGCUGACAAUAUCCCCGAGAACAAAGAGUCAUUUACAGUUACUCUGAGGAACCCCAGAGGUGGAGCUGGACUGGCUGAGAGCAACACUGAAGCAAUCAUCACUGUUGAAGGGAACGACACUCCACUGAGAUUCUUUCAGACUCAGUACACGGUGAGUGAGGACGCAGGUAGUGUUGUGCUCACCAUCACACGUGGAGUCCUGGACGACGGCACAGAGAUAGGAGAUCUGUCUGCGGAAACUACUGUAGAGUAUGAGACUGUGCCUGGAAUGGCUGUAGCUGGUGCUGAUUUCGACACACGUAGUAGCACCGUCACUUUCGCCCCUGGUGUAACAAGUCAGAACAUCUCGAUACCAAUCACUGACGACUCGGACCCAGAAGGAGAUGAGCUUUUUUCCGUGUCUCUCUCCAACCCUUCCUCCGACUCGGUACUCAGCACUCCAUCAACUGCCAUGGUUCUGAUUGAAGUGAAUGACAAUGCCGGAGGUUUUGUCCAGUUUGCCUCGGCUGGUCCGGUGGUUGUAAGUGAGGAUGAUGGAUCUACUGCCGAGUUUACGGUCCAGAGACUGAAUGGAUCCUACAGCGAUGUGACACGACUCGAGGGAAACGUGACGAUCCUCGACGGCGAAACUGAAGUGGUGCUACGGAUCCAGCCCACCAAUGACGAUACCAGUGAAAUAGCCGAGAUGUUUUCAGUUGAACUGACUGGAGUGAUCAGUAGAACCGGAGAACUUCGACCCAUGGGUACUAGAGUGGCCACAUUGAUCGUGGAAGAUAGCGAUGACGUGUAUGGUCUAGUGGAGCUGGCUGCAAACACUCAACUACAUGUCACAAGUGACGCCCCUCGUCAGCUGCACCUGGCAGUGACUCGGAGUCCAGGCACAACUGGCACCAUCUCUGUAGACUACUACGUCACCUAUCUUCCCGAGGGUGCGUCGAGUGCUGCCGAUGGAGAUUCCUCGGUGUUUGCUGCAGCGGCUGGCUCAGUGAGACUGGUGGGUGGUGACAGUUCAGUUGAAUGGGACGUCGAGAUCUUGAGUGAGGCAUUCCUGGACACCAGUGGCCAGUUCUAUGUAAAGUUGAACAGCACUUCUCUUGUGGAGGGAGUUGUUCCUCUGGUCACCCCAACCAACUCCCCUCGAAUUGGCCCCCGCUCUGAGGCCUACAUUUCCAUACCAGAAUCAGCAGCCAACGGCUACAUCUCAUUCUCCCAGUCAAGCCUCACAGCAUUUGAGCCAGAAGAUGGUGGCUUUGGAAGCUCGCUGAGUCUGACACUCACCAGGACUGGGGCAUACUGGCACCGCCACCAUCACCUGGAUGGUGAGUCUACCCAGACGUCAGUGUCGAACCAGAUAGUUGUAGUGAUAUUGAACGAUGACGAGCCCGAAAUAGACGAGACAUUUCGAGUUACUCUGCACUUACUGGACACACGGAUCAACCAGUUUACCUGUAUAACUCUUCCUCCACAGAAUACAUCAGUGGUGACUAUAGCUCUCAACGACAAUGCCAGGGGAGUGUUCACCGUCUCCUCUACCCAAUCUUCCUACACCAUCGAAGAGUCCCCAGAUGAAGUCAUAUCCAUCAGCAUCAUCAGAGCCGAGGGAGCUCUCACCGCUGAGACUAUCCAGUACCAGAUCUUGCCUGGCUCUGGUGCAGAUUUCAUUGGCAGUGUUGGUGUGGCGGUAUUUCCUCCUGGUGUAACUGAGAGGGGGGUGUUUGUACUUCCAAACGAUGACAAUAUCCCUGAAAACACGGAAGAGUUCAACUUUACCAUUACCCCCAGUAGUAGUGAUCUUCUGGGGAAUGUGACACAUAUUGGGAUCAGUAUCCUGGCAAACGAUGAGUAUGCCGGGGUUUUCUCUUUUGCAGAUUCAUCACUUCAAAAUGUCAUUGAUGAGCCAGGGUUGGAAGGAUCAUUGUCAACAGCCACUCUUACAGUGGAGAGAGGCAGGGGAGCGUUCACUGAUGUGACAGUCCACUGGGAGGUCACAGAUUCCAGUGCUGACGGCGAUAUUAGCCCCACGAGUGGCAGUGUUGACUUCAGCGAGGUGCAAACCUCUGCUACAUUCACCAUUUCUGCCCUGGAGGAUGAGAUACCAGAAGAUGAUAUACACUACAUGUGGCUCUAACUGAAGUAUCAGGAGAUGGACAACUAGCCAGCAGCUCCACCCAAGCCGUACUGACAGUCAGACACAAUGACGACCCCAUCAACUUCAGAAACUCCACUCUGGAGUCCAGUGAGGGGGAGACAGUCGAGCUAGUGGUGACUAGAGGUGGUCAUGCUAAUGGUGUUGCAGAAGUUUCGUUCCAAGUGACUUACACAUCUGCUUCAUCUGAGGAUAUUAGCGUCACACCUUCUUCUAGUGUUGUUACAUUUCAAGAUGGAGAGAACGAAGCCACUAUCUCAGUAACAGUGGUGGACGAUGAUACUCCAGAAGAAACAGAGAGACUGGAGAUCUCUCUCACCUCUACUAUCGGCGAUGCUGUUCUUGUUACACCCACAACUGCUGUGGUCACUAUUCUCCCGAGUGAUGAUCCAAACGGAGUGUUUGAGUUUGGAGCCAACUCCACAGACCUCUCAGUGGAAGAAGGAGACACACUUCAAAUGAUGGUGGAGAGACUUCAAGGAGCUUUUGGGACAGUGGAAAUCAGAGUCAGCUCCUACCUUCUUGACCCAACAACUGGCGACAGAAUCUCAACUAGCACCAGCACAGACCUGAGCCCAGUAACUCUACUGCUCAACUUUGCAGAGGGCGAGACUUCCAAGACAUUCCUUCUCGAAAUAACCGAUGAAGCAACUCCCGAAUUUGAAGAGACGUUUGAGCUUGUCUUGACGGUCGAGAGCUCCACGGAGACUCUGAAGAUGGAGCGAGACCUGGGAGUACCUCGACUUCCACCAUUACAGUUUCAGAGAAUGAUGAUCCCCACGGUCUGUUUAUCGUCUCGUCAGCCACUAGCAGCGUGGAGGUGCCAGAGGAUGUGGGAGAGGGGGAAGAGGGAGGGAGUGUGGAAGUGGUGGUGGAGAGAGAGUACGGUGUUGUGGGCAGGGUCCAGGUUGUGUGGGAGUUAGUCCCAGAGCUGGACCCAAUUCUUCCGGAGUUCACUGAUCUACUCUUCCUUGGGUCGAGAGGACUAACCAUCUCAGAGAUCCAGCCACGUAACAACACCGGGACUAUUGCUCUAGAGUUCAUUGGAGACGCAGACUCAGUAGUGACUCUACCUAGUGAGAACCACCCUACAAUCAUCACUAAUGAGCUCACCAUAAGUCUGUGGGUCCUAGUGAUAGGGGACACUACUGGAGGUGUUCUGGUGGCAAAGACCACAGACAGUGGUUCAACCAUAUUCUAUGCCCUGGAAUUACUGCCUAACGGAGGGGACUUCCUCAUCCGUUUCUCCUACCUCCCAGCAUCACAAACAUCUGGCUCUGAGAGUGUGGAGGUGUCGGUUGUGCAGUCUUCUCUGGCUGAUGGUGACUGGCACUCUCUGGCAGUUGUGGUUGACGGUAGUGUGGCCACCUUCUACCUGGAUGCCUCUAGAAUCAACUCCAGGACGCUGGAAGAGUCUUCUAUCAGAGAUGGAACUGGAGAGCUGACAGUGGGAGGAGUUACUGGUGAUGGCGACAGCUACUUCACUGGAGGCCUCCAAGAUGUGAGAGUCUAUGCGGCCUCCCUGGACCUGAGUCAAAUAUCAGCCAUUGGGACUGACGCCACUGCCUCCACACUCACUCCAAUAUCGGGCUACCUGACCUUUGAAGAUGGAGAGACAGAGUACGGCAUAACUGUCUCUACAGUGGACGAUCUUGUCCCUGAGCCGAGUACAAUCUUCAGACUACAACUUACCAACUCCAAUGGUGGAUCUCGCAUUGACCCAACUGCCAACUAUGCAGUACUUACUGUUUUGAAAAGCGAUGCAGCCAAUGGCGUCUUUGGUUUUGACUCUCUAUCUCUCUCAAACUCUCUUCAAGAGACGAGCUCUGUCUCCCUCACAGUACAGCGUCUCCAAGGAGACUAUGGAAGUGUCACCAUACACUGGGAGAUCAGAGCUGAGGGUAGAAACACUCUAGCCAUGAGCGACUUUGAAACUGCCUCUGGAACCUUGGAAUUCUCCGAGGGUGAUCGCCGACAAGUUCUGGUGGUGGAGCCAACAAAUGAAGAUGAGCCUGAACUCGACGAAAUGUUUGUCGUCUAUCUCACUGAUGCUGUGUCAAACGAUGGAUACACGAGCUCCACAGCCACCAGUGGCGCCAGUAUUAACUCUUCAUUCGACCGGUCAAACCUGACCGUGAUUGAAAAUGACUACCCUUAUGGCCUACUCCAGUUCUCCACCACCAUUCCUCAAUCCUCGGGCCUUAUACUGGCUGCUGAUACGAUGCCCCAGAUCUCCACGAGAGAAUCUGCUGGAACAGUAACUGUCUACAUUGUGCGUGCUCAGGGGACCCUGGGAACAGUCAGUGCAGAGUAUCUGACUCGUGACGGAACUGCAACGGGAACCGGUGCAAGUCCUGACUACGUCCCGACUGCAGGUUCAGCUGUGUUCGGACCUGACGACCGAUACACUACUCUGGAGCUGUCUUUGGUUGAUGACGACACACCUGAGAGAGAGAAAGUCUUCUACGUUAGCCUCACUAACCCAGCUGGAGAUCAGGGUGUACCAGGGCUCUCUAUUGGUGGCAACAUCACCAUUAGAAUCCUCCCCAGUGACGAUGCUUUUGGAGUUUUCUCGUUUGCUGCCGACUCUCUCUCCCGACUGGUGUCGGAGCAAGAUGGAGGAACUGCUGUCACUCUCAACGUAGGGAGACUUGGAGGAACGUUUGACGAUGUGUCGGUCUACUGGGAGGUGGAGGGAGGGGGUGGUGGUGACGUUAGCCCUACCUCGGGUCGACUUGACUUCUCAGAGGGAGAGACAGAGGGAGAACUAACAGUAACCAUCAACAAUGAUGAGACCCCAGAACUGGAGGAAGCAUUAUCCGUACGUCUGGUGAAUGCCAGUGGAGGCGCCACAGUCAGUACCAGUGGCUCACAAGUAGCCACCAUCACAGUGCAGGCCAGCGACCAUCCCUACGGUCUCUUCACAUUCUCUGCCGGGUUUCGACCACUGGUGGUCGGUGAAGAUGGGGGAGGAGUGGAGGUGAUGGUGACUAGGGAGUUUGGAGACUUGGGGAGGGUCAGCGUGAGCUACAUGGCUGUGGAGAGUGCGCAUAGCUCUCUCCAGGGACUUGUGGAUGUGGCACAACUUGAACGGAACAGUCAACUGGCAGUGGCUGGAGAUGACUACACAGCUACUCCUGCGGUCUCAUACUUUGAGAGAGGAGAUCUGACAAGAGGCUCUUCACUCUCUCUCAUCAGCAGUGAC